GCACCGACCUCUCUCUUCCACUCAAAGGAUGGAAACCUUGAUCCAAGCAGUAACAGAGGACACCGACAAAGGACCCAGAGGUUGCUGCGCACCAGCCGAGGUAGCCACGAUGAAUGAGGCGGCUGGCGGGAACGAGCUCGCAGAAUUGCUCAGUCUGAUCCCGGACCUUCUGGAGACGGGUAAUGCAAGUGGCAACGAGUCGCUGCAGCUCAAGGGGUCGUGGGAGCUGGGACUGGAGUUGCCGGACGGCGGCGAGAGCCGGGUGAACGCCGUGGUGCGGAUCCUCCUCAGUGUGGUGUACUCCGUGGUUUGCGCGCUGGGUCUGGCGGGCAACCUGCUGGUACUCUACCUGAUGAACAGCAAGCAGGGCUGGCGCAAGUCCUCCAUCAACCUUUUCGUCACCAAUCUGGCGCUGACCGACUUUCAGUUCGUACUCACCUUGCCCUUCUGGGCUGUGGAGAAUGCGCUCGACUUCAAAUGGCCCUUUGGCAAGGCCAUGUGUAAGAUCGUGUGCACCGUGACGUCCAUGAACAUGUACGCCAGCGUCUUCUUCCUCACGGCCAUGAGCGUGGCGCGCUACCACUCUGUGGCCUCUGCCCUCAAGAGCCACCGGAUCCGAGCGCACGGCCGGGGCAGUUGCUGCGGCUGGAGCCUGGGAGACAGCUGCUGCUUCUCGGCCAAGGUGCUGUGCGUGCUGAUCUGGGCCUCGGCCGCGCUGGCUUCGCUGCCCACCGCCGUCUUCUCCACCACCAUCAAGGUCUUGGACGAGGAGCUGUGCCUGGUGCGCUUCCCAGACAAGCCGCGGGCCGGCGAUGCGCAGAUGUGGCUCGGCCUCUACAACACGCAGAAGGUGCUGCUGGGCUUCGUGUUGCCAUUGGGCAUCAUCAGCCUGUUCUACUUGCUCUUGGUGCGCUUCAUUUCCGAACGCCGGGUGGCUGGGGUCGAAAGCGACGCCGCAGCGUCCGGGAGUGGCUUGGCUGCAUCCUGCGCCCGCAGACGAUCUAAGGUCACCAAGUCGGUGACCAUCGUGGUCCUGUCAUUUUUCCUGUGCUGGCUGCCCAACCAGGCGCUCACCACCUGGGGCAUCCUCAUUAAGUUCGACGCCGCGCCCUUCAGCUACGAGUACCUGCUGAGCCAUGUGUACGCAUUCCCCGUGAGCGUGUGCUUGGCAAACUCCAACAGCUGUCUCAACCCCAUCUUCUACUGCCUCAUGCGCCGCGAGUUCCGCAAAGCUCUCAAGAGCCUGCUGUGGCGCAUCGCAUCGCCUUCGCUCACCAGCAUGCGCCCCUUCACGGCCACCACCAAGCCCGAGCCGGAGGAUCAAGGAAUGCACACCCUGGCGCGGCUCCAGCCAGCCACGGAGCCCGAACUGCUCUACUACCCGCCCGGCGUCGUGGUCUACAGUGGAGGGCGCUACGACCUGCUGCCCAGCAAAUCGGCCUACUAAGGUGGCCAAGGUGGCUUUCCCAGGACGGAGAAAGAGGAGGGCGGAUAAGGGAAGGUUGGGGGACACUGGUCAAGAGGUAGGUGGGAUGAGCAUGGGGA